CGGUGAAUGUGAUGAAGUUUCAAUUGUUGACUUUGUCGUUCUUCUGUUUCCUGGGCUUGACUUUGAUCUGCAUGUGUUUUCCGUGUCCUGGCUUGGAUGUGAAUGAAAGAAAACAAGAGCUUUUGAACUAACUAAGAGUUGGUUUAGUUUUAUUCCAUUUUUUUGUCGUUCUUAUGUCAUAGGUGCCAAUGAAGUGGAAUACAAACCGAACAAAUUAAGAACAGCUGUUGGCUUUUGAAAGUAAGGCACUUAACCAAGAACAGUGAUUGAUGGCAACAUGAAAAUUAUUUUUAGUUCUGAAACCAAAAGAUGGUAACAAAUCAGCGUAGAUCUGGUUGUUGGAAGUCCCGUCACUGUAGUUGCCAGUGUAUUUGAUUAUAUGUUGGUGCAAGCUCUGAACUGGUAUACGACUUCUUUUACCGGGGAUUCUGCAUACAGCUAUCUUGUGGCUUAGCUUUAGGCAGGAAAUGGAGCCUCAAAAGCACAGCCUUGUUGGGAGGUUAUGUGGCAGCUCAAUUAGCCACAUGAGAAGAUUUCUGUUUGAUGUUCUGUCUGCUGGUCCAAUCCCCAACCAUGUUGCCUUCAUUUUGGAUGGAAACAGAAGGUAUGCUAGGAAAUGGAAGUUGGGAGAAGGAAUGGGACAUAGAGCUGGAUUUCUCUCCCUCAUGUCCUUGAUCAAGUACUGCUAUGAGUUGCAGAUCAAGUACAUCUCCAUUUAUGCAUUCAGCAUUGAUAAUUUCAAAAGAAAGCCUCAUGAGGUCAAGUAUGUGAUGGAUUUAAUGCUGGAGAAGAUUGAAGGGAUGCUCAAGGAAAAGACUAUAGUGGAAGAAUAUGGGGUGAGGGUGUACUUUAUAGGGGACUUGAAACUUCUGGAUGAUAAUGUCAGGCAUGCAGCUGAACAGGCAAUGAAAGCCACAGCGAAGAACAGCAGGAGCAUUCUCCUCAUCUGCGUUCCUUAUACUUCGACUGAUGAGAUAGUGCAUGCUGCUGAAGAAUCUUGUGAACAGCUGUGCGAUGAAUUGCAAGCACUAAAACCAAGUGGAGCUCCGUUUGGGAAGAUAAGCGAGGAAUUGCAUGAGAUGGUGCAUGCUGCUCAAGAAUCUUCUGAACAGCUGGGCAAUGAAUUGCAAGCACUAAAACCAAGUGGAGCUCCAUUUGGGAAGAUAAACGAGAUAGCGAAAGAAAAGCUAAGUGGAACUCCAUUUGGGAAGAUAAACGAGAUAGCGAGAGAAAAGCUAAGUGGAGCUCCAUUUGGGAAGAUAAGCGAGAUAAUGAAUGGAAAGGAGGAGGAGAAACCUGAAGAAAGGGAGCAAGGGGAGGCAAAUGGCGAAAAGCGGGAGGAUAAAAGUGAAGAAAAGAGCAAGGAACCGAGCGAAGAAGAAAAGCACGAGGAAUUGGGCAAAGAAAAGCAGGGGGAUUUCCCCAACGGGGAAAAGCUGGAGAAUGCAAGUGAAGAAAAACAGGAGUUGAGCAAUGGAAAGCUGGAGGAGAAGAGUGAAGAAGAGCAGAAGGGUUUUGUCAAAGAAAUGAAGGAGGUUCAACCAAAUAUAAAGCUAUCAGAUAUUGAGAGGAACAUGUACAUGGGAGUGGCACCUGAUGUGGAUAUUCUGGUAAGAUCUUCAGGGGAAACUCGGCUUAGCAAUUUCCUUCUCUGGCAGACAUGGAAUGGCCUGUUGUAUUCACCAAAGGCUCUUUGGCCCGAGGUUGGUUUGGAGCACCUUGUCUGGGCUAUACUGAAUUUCCAGAGAGCUCAUCCACUUUUUGAGAAGAGAAAGAAGCAAUUUUGAAAAGCUUCAAGCAACCUAAGCUGCAUCUUCUGCUUUUCGUCCGGAGUUCAUACAAAUUCACAGGUAAUGAUGGGACAAGAAUGCUACUCCGAAUUCGAUCUGGAAAUUAUUGAUUCUUGUCAUUUCAAUUAUCCACCCCAGAUACUUGCAGCAAUAAUAACGAAUGACUACUACAACCUAAUCCCUCAAAACUGCAGGGUUGGUAGUUGAAGGUUGCAUCCUUCUUUCUGAGA